UACGCAUGUCUGAUAUCGACGGCCGACCUUCCUUCAUUUUAUUUUCAUUGGAACUAUAUUCUCUCUCUCUCUCUCUCGAUAACUCCGCGCGCAGAAACCUAAAAUUUCUCAGAUCCAUCUCCAAGAAUGGAAGUUAAUUUUCGCACAAAUGGAACAAGCGUUAAGGUUAACGUUCCAGUUGGUGGUGAUUUGACAUUUCACAUUAACCCUGUUAAUGGAGCCCGUGUUUAUCCUCAGGGUAGCGGUGGAUUCACAAUAAACGUUAACCCUGUUGACCUGCUCGUACCUCAGGCUGGUGGUGGCGUCAAAGAUGAAUAUGGAUCUGAAAACCCUAAAUUAUCUGAUCCAUCUCCAGGAAUGGCUAACCCUAAGGUUUUCUUUGAUAUGACGGUGUGCGGCAAACCGGUUGGUCGGAUCGUGAUGGAGCUCUUUGCCGACACGACCCCACGGACGGCGGAGAAUUUCCGCGCCCUCUGUACAGGCGAGAAAGGCAUGGGGAAGCUUGGUAAGCCACUCCAUUACAAAGGAUCAAUCAUCCACCAUAUGGCCCCCGAUUAUAUGAUUGCUGGAGGAGAUUUCACUGACAAAAGGAAAGGAAGCGGAGGCGAAUCAAUCUUCGGCAGUAGGUUUUUCGAGGAUGAGAACUUCAUCAAAAAGCACACUGGUCCGGGUAUCCUCUCCAUGGCCAACCGUGGUCCCGACACCAACGAAUCUCAGUUUAUGAUCUGCAUGAAGGAGAGCCCGGAACUGGACGAUGUACACGUGGUGUUCGGUCAGGUUGUUCAAGGAUUGGAUGUGGUCAGGAUCAUUUCAAACGAACCUGUUAGGGACAUGCUUUCCAGGCCCGUGGUGAUCGCCGACUGCGGUCAGAUUUCAUAGAUCUGAGAUAUUUUCAAGUACAAUGAUGGUUGCUUGUGUCCUUUUGAUGUUUGGUCGGGUGCCUUUUUUUUUUGUUCCUCUGUUUCUUUUCUUUUUUCUUGAGCUACCAUUGAAAAUCUGAUAGCUAUUAUUGUAAACCUGUUUAAGCGUUAUUAUCAAGUGUUUUUUUUGUCAACAUGA